AUGGCAAAAAAUAAAUUUCAUCCUGCUCUUGUCGUCAAGAACUUCAUUCAUGUGACUCUCGAGAUGGAAAAGGGCCAUAACUCUUCAUGGGUGGAGUUAUUCAAAAUUCAUUGCCGAGCAUACCAAGUUAUUGACCACAUCUUCCCUCCUACACAACGGACCACUGAGACAGCCAAAGAGAAGGCGGUGGCACGUGAUGAAGAACUCUGGUCAUUCUUGAAUGCUAUAGUCCUUCAAUGGAUUUAUGACACAAUCUUAAAUGAUUUCUUGCAAACUAUCUUAGAACUGGAUUCUACUGCUCAACAAAACUCAAAAUGCUUGCAUCAACUAUCAAAUGUUGGUGCACCAGUAUCGAAUCAAUGGUUAGUUCUUCAAUUAAGUACGGAUUUAAAUGAAAAUUAUGAUGGUGUUGGUACAUUCAUUCAACAAAGUAAUCUUUUACCUCCAUUCUAUGAGGCUCGUUCGAGAUUAAUUCUUGAAAAAGCCCGUAAGGCCAAGCAAACCGCGGCCAAUGCCAGUGCUACAGGUACAGCCCUCCUCAAUGCCAACAGUUCAGUUACAACCCUCCUCAGUGCCAACAGUUCAGGUACAACCCUCCUCAGUGCCAAUAAUUCUGUCAAUGAAUCCAAGGGUUCAUAUUUUGGCUUGGGUAAUGCAACAAACCGCCAUCAUAAUAAUCAGAAACGUGGUCAGCAUCGCACUAACAAUCGGGGCAAAAAUAAUGGUGGUAGAGGGCGUAGUCGUGGUGGCCACAAUCAUGCCAGUAGUGGCACCCACACGCAGCCAUCACAACAGAGAAUGUGGCAGCAGCAGCCACAACAGCCACCACCUGCUCAUCAACCUGAUAUUCUUAAUAAUCGUCCACAGCAAGCUUAUACAGCCUCUGUCCCACCUCCUUCCAAUUAUGCUCCAACUGAAAUUGAAUAA